GCUCCAUUCUGAUGUAUUCUUUCAUUGCUGGCUGGUUAUAGAAAGAAAAGGCGGAUUAUAUUUGGUUUAUUAUCCCAAAGGCAGAAUUCACACCACUGUUUCGCCCGGUGCGUUUGGGGAAAGGAAGCACGACGUCUCACCCACACGCAGACAGUUGCUGUGUUUUUAUUGUAGUCUGGCAGUUCUUUCGCGCUCCGCUUCACCAUCUACGUAACCAUGGCAACGGAGGAGAAGAAACCCGAAACGGAGGCUUCUAAAACGCAGUCUGCUUCAUCUACCUCCGGCAGCCAGUCUAAGUCUGCCCCAGCAAAGCCCAACUACACUCUGAAGUUCACGCUCGCCGGCCACACAAAGGCCGUGUCCUCUGUGAAGUUCAGCCCAAGCGGAGAGUGGCUGGCCAGCUCCUCUGCUGACAAACUGAUAAAAAUUUGGGGAGCAUACGAUGGGAAGUUUGAGAAAACGGUCUCCGGACACAAACUUGGCAUCUCGGACGUAGCCUGGUCAUCAGAUUCCAACCUCCUCGUCUCCGCUUCCGACGACAAGACGCUGAAGAUCUGGGACGUCAGCUCGGGAAAAUGUCUGAAAACGUUGAAGGGCCACAGCAACUAUGUGUUCUGCUGUAAUUUCAACCCCCAGUCCAAUCUGAUUGUGUCUGGCUCGUUUGACGAGAGCGUGCGGAUAUGGGAUGUGAAAACGGGGAAGUGCCUGAAGACCCUGCCAGCCCACUCUGAUCCAGUCUCAGCGGUCCAUUUUAACAGAGACGGCUCUCUCAUCGUGUCCAGCAGCUACGACGGUCUCUGCCGAAUCUGGGACACGGCGUCAGGGCAGUGUCUCAAAACGCUCAUCGAUGAUGACAACCCUCCCGUGUCCUUUGUGAAGUUCUCCCCCAACGGGAAGUACAUCCUGGCUGCCACGCUGGACAACACGUUGAAGCUUUGGGACUACAGCAAAGGAAAGUGCUUGAAAACAUAUACUGGCCACAAAAACGAGAAGUACUGCGUAUUUGCAAAUUUCUCUGUCACCGGUGGAAAGUGGAUCGUUUCUGGUUCGGAGGACAACAUGGUGUACAUCUGGAACCUUCAGACCAAGGAGAUCGUACAGAAACUACAGGGUCACACCGAUGUUGUGAUCUCCACGGCCUGUCACCCCACAGAGAACAUCAUCGCCUCAGCGGCGCUAGAAAACGACAAAACCAUCAAACUAUGGAAGAGCGACUGCUAAGCCCUGCAGAUCUGAGUCAUUUAAUUUUUUCAUUUUUAUUAUUUUUCCUCUUUUCAUUUGGAAAUGGACUUAACCAUAAAGAUCACGCUCAGCCCACAACCCACGCCCCCACCUUGUGUACACGGAUAGGACCAGACCAAAGGAACAGCUAGAACAUCAGGUCCAAGCCCAGAACGUGGUGCCCACCCUCCCACAACCCCUGCGAAAUUCCUCCCCCACACAGGGCGCUCCGAGUCUCCCGAAACUCACCCAAGUCAAACUGUGUGACUCUUUGUUUACUGAUAAUGAUGAGAGAUGCUAGCUGCAGACAGUGGACAUGGAGAUGCUUCAUCCUCCUGUAUAGUUAAAGCAUAAUUAUAAACAAAUUAUACUUAAAGUAUAAAAUGGCCUUCUGGUCAUCUGGGUUGGCUCAUUUGCACCAGCAAGUUCAUUCGAGCACAGAAAAGUAUUUUAAUCUAAAACAUUUAGGUGUCUCACCCUCUGCUCCUCUGUCUGUUCCAGGAGUGUGACGGUAGCACAGGCAGCUCCAGAAUGGAAAACUGAUUCUAAAAACACCAAACUAGUAGUGAAAUGAGUUUUUGUUUGGCACCACAUGGCUACGGUGCUGGUGUGAAACGAAAACAUGGACUAUCAUGUUGCAUGGACCUGCAUUGUCUUUCCCUUCAAGGGGAAGCCUUUCCCAGGAUGCAAUGUGUUGGAUGGAUUGUGUCUGGAAGUCUACCAGCAUAAAGUAUAUUGGAUUGUAGUGGAAAACAGGACUUUUCCCUCAGAAGGAAAUCUCUCUCCCAUAACAAAACGCAUCGUCUUUAGAAUGUAGUGAGUGUGGUGGUGGUGAGUUAUUUAGAGAGAGAAAAAAGUAUUAUAAGGAGCCUCAGGAAAGUGAGGCAUCGCACGUACUAAGCAUGACCAAACAAGAACGUCCCUUGUGAGAUUAAGAAAUGCUUAGUUUGUCCAACCAAACGCCUUCCCAAGGUUUCAGUUGGAGAACCGCUAGCUGCCUGUCGAAUGCCUUUAGCGAGCGUGUCAGUGCAUCGGUCUCGGCUGGAAACGCUGCUUAUUCAACAGAAGGAUGUAAAGAGCAGUGCUGUCCUCGCUGACUGUGCAUUAGCAUUUGCGCUAGCACUGUUUUGCAUUGAGAAUCCACAAAUAUGUCUUGAUCUGUUCACAAUAUGGCUGAGAGUGUAGCAUUUCUUUGUGACGCAGUGUUAUGAGGACGUUUUUCAUUUGUGCGUUUCUAGGGCUGAACUGUCGCCGAUUAAAUUGUCAUUUUAGUAGUGGCGUGAUGGCGACUCCUGUGGAUUGCGGAGGGGUUUUUCUUCAUUAACGGUUUGUUUGUGUGCGGAGGAUGUGUGCUCUUAAGCUAUAAUCUUUUCCUCGCGCCUCAAAGCCACUUUGCUUUUAGCUACGGUUGUGUUUCGAAUGUCUUUAAAAAAACUGCUCCGUUCUGGCACUUGGAUGUCGGCUGUGCGUGUAGCGUUUACGGAUACAGCAUAUUUCAAAUAAUUUUGUAAUUGGUGCAGACCUUCUGAGAUUGUGGAUUCCUGCGAGUCGGACGGUAGUUGGCGAUGCUUGCCUGCAGUUUGGAAAUAAUAACACGUUUGCCGGUUACUGAAAAUUCCUCCCUGUAUUUUGGACCUCUUUGCCUCGAAAGGACAGGUAGAAAAAGCAUAAGCGUGCGGCCCUGUGGUCUGUUAUUAUCUUGGCGUUAUUUCUCAGCUGUCAUCUGUGAUGGCACACCUUUCCUCCACAACACUGGACAUUUAAAUGUCACUCAAAGUCAGCAGAUAAGUGUACAAGCACGUAGCCAAUGAGCGCAUCACUGCAUCCUCCCAACCAGUGUGACCAGCUGUUAAAAUGCCCUUUAAAGAACAACUCGUAUCAGCAUCUGAAAUGUCUUGCCUGUAAUUCAUACGUCUGGUGCUAGUUCCUGGCAAACUUUCUAUAACGAAAUCCAGUGCCACCUCAUCUUUAAUGGUCAUUUGAGGCAACUACCAGGUAACUACCAACCUUACCCUGCGCUGCUUUUUACUUGCGUUUGGAACAAUGCUACCAAAAACUAGGGCGCUGUGGGCCCGUGAAUAGUACUGUGUAUACAGUAAUGCUGUAUUACUGGCCAUCGUGCGGGGAAUUACCCUUCUCCCGCGGGGAUGUAAUGAGGUGACCGAUGGGAGUGGUUUCUUGAACCUUGUCAGUUAAGCAGCGGUUUGCCGUCAAUCACUGCCAGGUAGGAGCCAAUCCAAAGACUGCCGAGUCGUUGAAAGCACGCAAGAGCUCCACUCUUCUGAUUUAUUUCCGAAAUGUUUCCCCCCGCCCACUUAACUGGCAGUUGGCCCGAAGUCCCUGCUGAUUGGAAGGAGUCAUGCAGGUGAAGCGUGUGCACACAGACCCCUGUAGGCCAGACUGAAUUACACACUACAGGCCUAGUAGCCAUCAACACGAGACCUAGUGCUGGUCAGAGACCAGACAUGUAUGCUUUUACAUUUUUUAUUUUGAAUCCCCCCCCCCUUAUUUUUAUUUUUUUGGACUCAUUAUGGUUCUAAUCCAAUUCCCUGCCCAAACCAGCGGCUUCCCGCUAGCAGGUAGUCAGAGAGCACGGAAAACCCCGAGGGACUUGCACGACUAGCACGCAUAGCUAGCCAGUCGCCACUUUGCAGCUGAACUGAGCAGCUUCAAAAAUAAAAAAAUAAGAACGCCAACCGAGAAAAGCAGCCACUGAUCCGCCAGGGUGGUGAACUAGAGGUAAUGGAAAUCGCUUUGGCCGUCAGGCAUAACCACAACGCACAAGAUCGUUUCUAACGAAUCGUUACAACUACAUGUGGACAGACAUUCCAUUUUGUUAAAAAUAGCUUACCGGACGCGUAAGUUAGUCUGACAAUAUUCCGCUUCACCGUGGCGUUUUUACAGAUAUCACUGUUUGAUGUUUCUUGUCAGUUCCUGAUUAAACGCCUUGUGUUUCGUAGGUAGAGUACAUUUAAAAUGUCAGUUUGAGAUUGCCGUUUGUAUUUUUGUUCUGGUGCAACCUUCAGACAGAAAAAAACCCCAGCGUCACACGAGAAUAAUAAAUUAAUUUCGUUGGGACGCAUCAUGCCUGUAAAACAGACUUAUUUGUGUAUAGAAUAAAUCGCAUUACUGCAUCUUUUUUUCCACUGUGUCAACACAACAGUGCCUGAACUGGUUCCUGUAAAAGCGUGUGGUGCUAUAGGUGUGCUUCAGCAGCAGAUAAAUGUAGUUUGUUUAUUUUAAUUGUAAUUUUCUGAAGUUGCAUGUACUAGCACUGCUCACAGUUUCCGUCAGUCAAGCACCACAAACGUAAACCAGUUGGAAUGAGGUCCUUUUGCUGCACAGCUGUGGGCCCAGACUUAUGAUUGGCUGUUUCAGUGUCAGGUCGAUUAGCCCAAUCACACGAGCCAGUAAGAUAAUGUAACAUGUUUCCUGUUAACAUUAAAUGAUUGCAUAAUUCAACCAGAGUUCACCGUCUUGUAUUCCGCAGAAAGAUUAUCUACAUGUCAGUUAAUUGCAACAGGCUGUGCAUGUCAAUAGGCAAAUAAUGCAACUAAAAUGUCAUGGUUGACAUCGCAUUACUGUUCAUUAAAGGAAUAGUAACGUCCUCACUCCCUCGAAGUCAAUCAAUCACGGGCUCUUAAGUCGACUCAUCACAUUUGAGUUUCUGCCUGAUUUAGGCAUUUUAGGUUGAAUCGAUUGGUUAGUUGAAGUUGACCCAUCACAGACAUUAUCCAGUGACCAAAUACAUUUUUCAGUCCUUCGAUUGAAAUGAACUUUUUAUGAACCAUGUAAAUAUGCAUAAACACCUGCUUAUGUAUCAGAAUACAAGCAAUAUUAGAGCCUUUUCUUGAGUGUUAUGAAUCCGUAUCUUUUAGCCAGCGCUACGCCAUACAGACAUUUUUCGAGAACUUGGAGACCGAUGAAGUAUUUAAUUUGACUCGAACAUUCUGGUUUUGAAAGGAACUCCAGCACAUAUCUGUGUUGAUUAAGGGCUGCAUGAAUCUUACUCGUAUCAGCAUUAACUGCUCUGGAUUUUGUGAACAUGCAUUUUGACAGUUAUAACCUGUGAUUCAAUAAAAAUGAUUUUUUUUUUAAA